UCGAGCAGAUCGGAUGAGAGGCGGUCGAAAUAAAUUCGGGCCCAUGUACAAGAGAGACAGAGCGAGGAAGCUGCAGAUAAUGCGACAACGGCAACUGGCUGUGCAAACCCUUCGCGGAGCUGGCCUCGGCGGAGACAUCUACAGCAAUCAGCCGGGCACGUCUCCCUUCGCCAACAUCCACAUCAAACAGGAAAUCCAAAUCCCCCAGGUGUCGUCCCUCACUUCGUCCCCGGACUCCUCGCCCAGUCCUAUCGCCGUCGCGCUGGGUCAAGUGAACUCAGCUCUGGUGCAACCGGCGUCCAAUCAGCAACCAGCUUUGCAGAUCGUCGGCGUCCAAGGAGGUGGCGGGCACACUUCCAUGGUCCUGGGACCCGACAAUAAACUCUGGGGUCAGGCGAACUCCACCACGACAUCACCUCAUUCUCUUAGUCCGAAAGUGUUCCAAUUCGAAAGUGUAGUUCAAGGUAGCGGCGUACCUUCGAAUAAAGUAUCGCCGAUGAUUCGAGACUUCGUUCAAGCCAUAGACGAUCGGGAAUGGCAGAACUCGUUAUAUACGUUGUUACAGAAUCAGACGUACAAUCAGUGUGAAGUGGACCUCUUCGAACUUAUGUGUAAAGUGUUGGACCAAAAUCUCUUUUCUCAAGUGGAUUGGGCGAGGAAUUCGAUAUUCUUCAAAGAUCUCAAGGUGGAUGACCAAAUGAAGCUUCUCCAGCACUCAUGGUCGGACAUGUUAGUUUUGGACCAUAUGCACCAGCGAAUGCACAAUAACUUACCUGACGAAACCACCCUUCAUAAUGGUCAGAAAUUUGAUCUGCUGAGUUUGGGGUUGCUAGGAGUUCCCAGUCUUGCUGAUCAUUUCAAUGACAUCACUACUAAGUUGCUAGAAUUGAAAUUCGAUGUUAGCGAUUACAUUUGUACUAAAUUCUUGUUACUUCUCAAUCCCGAUGUCCGGGGCAUCACAAAUAGAAAGCAUGUAGAAGAAGGCUAUGAACAGGUCCAACAGGCUCUACUCGAAUAUACAAUAACCUGCUUUCCACAAAUUCCGGACAAAUUCAACAAGAUGCAACAACUCCUUCCAGAGAUUCAUAGCCUUGCAGCGCGAGGCGAAGAACACCUUACCACAAGCACUGCAACAGUGGCGUUUCUACGCAAACCCUCCUCAUGGAGAUGCUGCACGCCAAGAGGAAAUAACAGCCGUCCUCACAAUCCUCACGUUACCAUAUCUGUGUGCAAUACCGGCUUACACUGUACAUAGGUUACUGGAAAUCUCAUAAUAGUUGUUGACAUUGAUGCCUUCAUGAAGUACAAAGAGCAACCACAUAUUUUUGUAAUAGAUAGAGACAGACCACAGCACCGUGCUCUAUGUUGAGCCUUGUUUUAUUUAUGUUACGUUGAUUUGAGUUUUUAUAUGACACACAUUCCAUGAGAUGUGCUCCCGAGGGAUUCAAGGGCAUCCUAGAUUAGGCUAGAACUCUUAGCUAUGGCGGUUUGUGAAAGUGAGAGUGUAUGGUUACGAGUGUGAGUGCGGCAUUAAAACGUUUAGCAGUAGUACGUGUAGCUUAACCACGGUGAUGGACUAACUAACAGCUGUAAUAUUAUGUAAUUAUAGAUUAUGAAUAUUAUUAGUUAUUGAGUUUAAGUAUAUUAUAUAUUAUGUUAUAUAUUAUGAAUGUUAAUAAUUUUGGAGAGCGAGGUACUGUGGUCUUUUGGGUUGUUGUUAUCAAAGUGGUAUACAUAAAAACUGACAAACUUUGAGCAAUAUCUGAUAUGCCAUGAAAAUUUAUUCUGUAUUACACAACGAAUGUAAAAUAUUUUACUGGAAAAUUAUAUUUCGGAAGAGCAAAAUAUUUUCUGGGGAAAGUCAAAAAUUGUUUUCCACUGUUUUCAUGGCUACCUGAUAUUUUUGCAAAUUUUGUCUCUUACUUCAGUACCAGUUAUUAUGCAGGAUCCUCGAUGGUCAUUUUAUGCAAACAGAUCAUACAAUUGUUUAUCCUUCUGCAAAAUAUAUAUACAUAUUUUAUUUUUUUAUCGAACCUCAUGUCGGAGGGAUAAAAUGCAUCGAUGACGUGAUUUGAAACGUACAUUGAGUUUUACUAUUUUUUCUUUAAUUUGUAAAGUUGUGAUAUUAGGAAUUUGUACAUAUGUAUAUUGAGUAGUUAUACGUAUCUAUUGUUGGAUAAAAUAUUCAAAUAAAACUAAAUUUGGAUGAAAAUUGAAAGGUUAUUUUUUUAUGGCACAUCUGUUGAACAUUCAAAAUUUUAUAGAAAACCAAAAUUAUUUACUAUAUAUUAGGUGAUUGAAGAAUAUCGAGUUAUUUUUAUAAACAUAUUUUUUUGGAAGUCGUGAUAUAACUGUGGUUUGAAUAGAAAUUGGUGCAAUGAAAAAUAUCUUUUAGAUAUUCAAUAAUUUAAAUAGUAUUGAAGAUUACUUAACAUAUGAAGUGUGUCCAUUUACUUGAAUACUGCUAGAGUGAGACAACCGACAGCAAUAUUCAAGAAGUCACCACUUUUACAAUGUACCUCAUUUGUUAAGUCAAUUGUAAAAGUUAAAACACACCGAUCCAUUUUUUAAGCAGAUCAUCAAAGUUGAUACAAAAAAAAUUACUUGAAUUGAACCGUUUUCAAAUUAUUAAACAUAUUGAUGUAAUGUUAUAUAUAGAAGGCGAUUAUCUCCUUUCCAACCACUGAACAAAAACACAGAACUUCAACCCAGAUUGUUGGUUCUGUCAUUACAUAUAAAACAACUACAAUCAAAAAAUCAAUAGGCAAGAGUGAAGAAUGGUACAUAGAUCAUGUGAUUGUUCGAAAUAUCCAUGCAAAUUUGACGUUUGAAUGGAAAAAAUGGCUGCUCUUCUAUUUCUUUUAUUAUGAACUCGGAACAAUGCACACAUAGCUUGUUAUAGUCUUUUCAGUUUAUUAGUGUGUCAUGGCGAAGUAGCUCUAAUUGGAUGUGCAUUAUUGAACUUUUUUUUUCAUGUGUCUCCCAUAAUGCAUGCAAUCUUUGGUGAAAUGAAAUGUUUGGUCAUACAUUUGUUUUUUCGAGUUCAUUUAUUGAUAAUAGAACUUUAAUUUUAAGUAAAUGUGAUACAAAAACAUCACUGAACACUAAUUUAUCCAUAUAUUCUUUUAUUUUAGAAAUCUUUCAUUAUUUUUUAUACAGUGUGAGCCACAAGUCACGUUACGUAAUUGACAUUGUCAAAUGUAAGGCAGGGCUUAUGAUGCAUCUUUGGUGGCACAUAUCAGUUUUUUAUCAAUAUAGAUCUAGAAAAUUAAAUUUUAUUGAAAUAUACUUCAUAACAAACUCACUUUAUUUACCAUUCCUGGUCUGAUUGAUGUUAUGGUUUCAGUUAUGCAUAUCUUGAAAUCAUUUUAAUCGUGUGGUUCAGUUUAAUACACUUUGUUUUCCACAUGUCCCCAAAGGAAAAAGUCUAAUGGUGUAGGUUCAGGUAAUCUGCUGGCCAUUUCACUUCUCUGCGCCUACCAAUCUAUCUAUUUGAGGAAGUUCUAUUUCAAAAUAUCGUCAGAUGUUAUCGGUUCAUAUUUCUAUUGAGAGUAAAUUUUGAUUCAAUUCAAUUACAAUAUAUCACAUACGGAGUGUGCACUUCACUAAUAUGAACUAUUGAACCAGAAAUGUGAGACUCAUCAUUUAAUCAUCUACUAGGAUUAUUCCAAGGAGUUGAAGCAUUUGCUCAAUUAUUAUUAGAGUAGUUGCUUAUUUUGUUAUGAAGUGUAUUUCUAUGAAAAUUCGAUGUUUUUAAUCUAUUUAAGAUCGAUGAAAAAAGUUAAAUGUAACAUAGAUUUGGUUAUUCACUUUCUUUGCAACAAUAAGCCUUAUCUUUCUAUUUGAAAAAGUUGUCGAUUACAUCUCGGUUAUGUUACGGUUGGUUUGAAAGAAGUAGUGUAAAAUGCCCGCCAUAAAUAUCCUUUGUUGACAUAUUUCUGAAAUUCUUUGACAAAUGCCAGAAAGAGAAUUUAUCUUCCAGUUCAGUGUGUAUAUAUUUUAAAAAAUGAAGAUUUUGGGGAUAUGCAUUUAAAGUUGAGAUUAGGCUGAGCUAUGAUUUUUUGCACUAACAAAACCAUUUUCGUUAUGAACUGUCAGUUCCAGUAUCAGUUUUUGCAUCAUCAGGCAGUUUGAAACAGCAUUUCACUUUAUAUUUUUUUUAUUAUCCUGUAAGACAAUCAAAUCAAGAUAUUAGAUGACAUACCACUGGACCUUUGAAUGUUUUCAAAAUUGUAUUUCUGAAAGUAUAUAAUUCAAGUGCAAAAAACUUUGACGUUGGGUGAAUAAACAAAAUUUGUAUGAAAUGUAGUUGCCGAAACACUGAUUCAUUUUGUGGGUAAUAUAAAUCAUACAUAAAAUAUACUACAUUUUUUAUAUUCAAAACUAAUUACAAGCUACUAAUGAACAUAAUCCUAAUAAUUACCGAAUAUAAUAAUAAAUAAUUACAUAAUUCCCGAAUAAAAAAUAUUUUAUUCGGUAAUUGCUGAAAGCAUGGCUAAAUAUGUAAAAACAAUUACUACAAAUAAUAAUGUGUUUUAUUCUGAUAUCACUAAAACGCUGUUUAUGAAACGAGUAUUCGAAAUGUUUUUUCAAGAUGUGAAACCAAAGGUUUUAAUAUUGUUGAGAUAUGAUACUUCUUCUACAUGCAUUGUUGUUACCUUCGUCCUAACAGUUACGCCUCUUAGUGGAUUGGUGUAACAAGGAAAUCGCCUUUCCCCUGCUUAUAUACAUGUGAGAAGCAAAAAGAUACAUUUCUGAAGUUUUCUAUCAUUAUUUUUAUCUCAUUCUAGUCUGUGGAAGGUGAAAAGGGCAUAAAAACUUGAAUGAGGAUUGUACUACUGAAUUUUAGGUAUUUUACUUUCUCAAUUUUGAGCUCAUAGACAAUUAUUGCAUAAUUCGAUUAAGAUUUUUUUUACUUUUGAUUUCAAGUAUCACAAUGUACAGUCAAGUUUCAAAAUUGGAAAUAUUGAGGAAGCAAAUAAUGAAACAAAAAUAUGGUGCUUUGUAAACUAAUGUUCAAGGCCUUCCACAAUUAAAAGUGUAACAACUAUCCAAAAUUGUUGAUAAGGCCCUUGAAAAUAUCUAACAAUAUAUUUGGUAAAAUAUUCUUGGGCAUUCAAGUACUGCCAACCCAAUUUUUUCAGUUUGAUUAUCGAAAUGUCUACUGAAAACAAAAAGAAAAGCAAAGAUCUACUCCCUACAAAUCAAAACUUAUUUUCAAUUUAGAGUGGCACAGUAAACAUGGGGAGAGAGGUCUGUUAUAUGAUCUGAAACUUACACUCACCUUUCCAGUAUGAUUUUGAUAAGAGAUGAGGAAAACAAUAUUUAUUGUAUAUAUUUUAUUUGUUUGAAAAUGUCCUUAUAGGGCGAAAUUGCAAAUACGUUAGUUACAAAUCCAAGUGGUAAAAAAACAAGGUUUAUUCCUCAUUUUUCAUGAAAACAUUAUUUAUUUUCUUCGGCAUAUAGCUAUUCAUUUGUGAUGUGGCCUUUCCAAUAAUACCCUUGAGGAGUAAUGGCUGAAAAUGAUCAGUAAAGGUCCUUAUCGUCAUAUGUUUCAAGUACUUUAGAAUGAGUAGACAUCUAGAGGUCUAUAAUUAUCUAAAAAAGACAACAUUCCAGUAGCGAAUGAUGUGAUUAGUAAUUUCAAACAUCACAUCAAAUAAUAAUUUUUGUAUUGUUACUGGUGAGUUUUUGUGAAUAAACUGUUAAUAUUCCGAGAUCACUCGAUUUGUUUGCUUAAGACUACCAUAAGUCUCCUCGCAUGGGGCCAGUGUGCGAGUCCCAUUGUGCUGAUAUCAUGGAGUCUACUUAUUUAUUAGGAGUAUCUUGCCCAUGUGACACGCAUAAGGCCCAGAGCUUAUAUUGAAAAUAUGAAUAUAUUUAUCUAUAAAAGUAGGUACACUUAUUUAAGCUGUGUGAUUGAACCCUUGUAAAUAUAAUUUAUGUGGAUUAAAGUGACUUGUUUGUAGAAAUAAAUCACCGUCGAAAUA